AUGGCCGCCGCCCCGCCGCCUCCGCCGCGCUCACCCUCCUCCGCGACGCGGGGGCCAGGCGGAGGCCCAGCGUCCCCUCGCCGCCCGCCCCACCAUCGCCGCCCGCGCACCGGCGCCCGCACCGGCGCCGGCAGGGCGAACGCGCCGCCGCUUCUCUUGCGGCCCUCGCCGGCCACCGUCCGCCGGCUCGGGGCGGGGCGGGGGGAACGGGAGGGAUCCUCCGGCCAGCAGGGGGCGCCGCAGCCCCGCGCUUCGUCCUGGCGUCCGUGUUCCCUAGCAACCGAGAGGCGGCGGAAGCGGAAGUUCGGCAGCCCGGCGGCGGGCGACGGAGCUCCGCCGCGGGGCCCGGCGGCGCGGGUACCGGGACGGCUGGGCCGCAGGAGGCGGGGUUACAGCGGGGGCCGCCGGCGGCGAGCCUCCUGGCGGUGGGUGACCCGCGUUGGCCUUUCCGGGCCCGGCCCCACCGCCAUGCCCAGUCCCCGCGGCGGCCGCGAGCGCCGCAGCGCUCGCCCCGAGUUCGCGUCCCUGCUGAACCAGCGCGGCCCCGGGGUCCCGGACAGCCCGUCCCGCCGCCGCGAGUCGGCCGGCUCCGCGCCCCCGCCGCUGCCCGAGGAGGACUGCAUGCGGCUGAACCCGUCCUUCGUGGGCAUCGCCCUCAGCUCUCUGCUCGCCGUCGACCUCUGGGCCUCCAAGCGCCUGGGUGUGUGCGCCGGAGAGGCCUCGGCUUGGGGCAGCGCCCGCCCGCUGCUGAAGGUGGUUGAGGUGUCAGGGCACGGCAUCCCCUGGCUGCUGGGCACCUUCUACGGGCUCUGCCAGAGCGACAGCUCGGCCGCCAGGGAGGUGCUGCUCAACCUGUUCUUCGCACUGGUGCUGGAUCUCGUGCUGGUGGCAGUGGUGAAAGGGAUCGUCAGACGGCCACGGCCUACCCACAACAAGAUGGACAUGUUUGUCACUGUCUCAGUGGACAAGUACUCCUUCCCAUCGGGCCAUGCCACCAGAGCUGCCCUGGUCUGCCGCUUUGUUCUGCACCACCUGGUGCUUGCCAUCCCACUGCGGGUCCUCGUGGUGCUCUGGGUUCUCGUCGUUGGCAUUUCAAGGGUCAUGCUGGGCAGGCACAAUGUGACGGAUGUGCUCUUCGGCUUGUUCCUGGGCUACGUGCUGUACAGCGUGGUGGAGUACUGCUGGCUCUCCCCGCUGAACGCGCCUGCCCUCUUUGCACUCUGGAGCCAUUGAUGGCUGCACCCCUCCCAAAGGAGAGGGCAUACACCCCGUUCCCUAAGUGCACAUGGAGAGGGGUUAUGCUGCGACUCCUAUCCGUCCAGCCAACACUUAACACUAGUGGUGCUGCAGGCUCCCAGGCCUGCAGUUAGACACUUGGUGCUGUCUUGCCCUGCUGACAGGCAGUGAGGCAAAGCGUGCGCUGGUCAAGCAGCUGCACUGACUACUCUCCAGUGACAAACCGGUCCCUGCAGAGCCUGGGAAGAGGUCAGCACAUCCAUCCGGCAGCUCACUGCUGAUACUGUGAAUCAGCAUGCCCUUGCUGGGCACCUGCUGUAUUAGCCUAUGGUGUAUGUGGUAGCUGGGGCUUUGCAGAGGUUUCUCCGCAAUUACCUGUGUAUCUGUGUGCUAUAAAUACACUGAUCAUGUUGCUGUUGUGAGUGCACUUUCUGCAGUCUCCUCCAUAAUACCCAUCUAGGGGGGGACUCAUCAAGAUCUGUUCUCAUGUUUAUAAAGAGUUCUGCCUUCUAA